ACUCAUUGAAGGUCACAGUCAUGGGGACUCAAAUUCUGCUCUGUUUUGGCAUUCUUGCAGUAACAGCAGUCAGUGGAUGUCCCAAUGGCCGGGAGUUCAUCACUGCUUUCAUGCCCAAUUACGUACCUAUGCCUAACACCAAACCCACACUCUCUAUCACAGCCCAGGAGUCUGAAGCUACUGUAGUAGUUGAGGUAAAGGGGCUAAACUUCAAACACACAGUGAAGAUCCAAAAAGGGGCCACCACAUGGAUCGUCCUCCCACCAAGUACUGAGAUUCACCAAGAUGGAGUCUCGGCCAAAACAGUGCUAAUUACAGCUGAUGCAGACAUCACGGUGGUGAGCUCUAACAUCAAGCCAUAUACUGGGGACAGCAGUGUGAUCUUCCCCGUUAACCAACUUGGCAGAAGCCAUGUGGUCUUCACCCCAGAUGGAGGACCAAUGCAAAAGAUUGUGGCCAUCGUCAAUGGCAGGGAGGCCAACACAGUUGACAUCCUUCCAUAUUCAGACCUGAUACUUAACAACAUGAAACUCUUGCAGCGAGGGGUCAAAACAACCAUUAGCCUGGCCCCCUAUCAAGUUUAUCUGCUGCGGAGUAAGAAGACGUUGACAGGAACUAGAAUUGAGUCAAAGCUUCCCCUGGCUGUCCUUUCAGGACAUGAAUGUCUCAGCAUUGAAGUUGCCUGUGAGCAUGUCUAUGAGCAGCUGGUGCCAGUAGAGGCCCUCUCUAAUGAGUACCUGAUUCCUGCCAUGCACUUUCUCAUUGGCAGGGAUACAGCCAAUGUGGUCGCAGUUGAAGACAACACAGAUGUGACUGUCUUCCAGGGGCUCCUUUCCCAGAGCUACAAGCUCCGCGCUGGAGAGCUUCUUAACGUUGCGAUUCAAAGACCGACCAUAGUCCGAAGUAACAAAAAGAUCAUGGUUAUGUUCACCAGCAGCAACCAUCCUUAUGAUGAGUUCCUGACUAACAUCAUUCCCACAUCCAGGAUGUCCAAAUCGUGGACAAUUCACUCUCAAGAUGAUUACGAGAACUUUGCUGUGAUUGUCUCAGAGGGACAGAACAGCAAGUCAGUUCUGGGCGUAUUGCAGUGGAAUGCUUUUCCUGCAAACAGUAAAUAUUCAUGGGCUAUUAAACAAAUCGGAUCAACGAAAGGGCCUAUAACCAUAUCUGGAGACACACUACAAGCUGUCUAUAUUUAUGGUGGGAAGCAGGCAUGUGGCUAUGGCACAACAGGAGUCUGCAACACAGCUCCUCGGUUGCCCACACCUUCACCAGACCCAUGUGCAGUCAUUAAAUGCCGUGAAAGAGAGCAGUGCCGGAAGGGAGUGUGCGUCCCCAUUGAGUCAGCAACGUGUUGGGCUGUUGGAGACCCACAUUACAGAACUUUCGAUGGGAAGCUGUUUGAUUUCCAGGGCACCUGCACCUACACCAUGGCCACCACUACAAAGAUUGAGCAUGGCCUUGUCCCGUUCACUAUUCUAGCGAAGAAUAACCACAGAGGGAGCAACCAGGUGGCCUAUGUGAGGACAGUAUCUGUCAGCGUGUACAACCAAACAGUGGUCGCCAGCCAGCAAAGGGGUGUGGUUGAGGUGAAUGGUGAAAUCACAUACUUGCCUAUAACUCUAGCUGAAGGAAAGCUACAAGUGGUGCAGAGGGGCUGGAACGUGCAUAUAAUAACAAACUUUGGCCUGGAGGUGAAGUAUGACUGGAACAUGAUGUUCUACAUCACGGUGCCCAGCACCUAUUUCAGGUCCUUAGGUGGACUUUGUGGAAACUACAAUGGUGACCAAAGGGACGAGUUUUCAAAUCCCAAGGGAACAGUACUCACCACUGCACUGGAUUUUGCCAAGAGCUGGAAAGUGUCUGACAAAGAUGUGUUCUGUCAUGAUGACUGUGUGGGAAAGUGCCUGCUUUGCCCUGCUGAACUUCAAGUAAAGUACAUGGAAGAGAAGCACUGUGGUCUUAUGACAAAAGCAAAUGGGCCAUUUGCCACAUGCCAUAAAAUUGUAAGUCCAAAUAUAUAUGUUAGUAAUUGUGUAUAUGACGUGUGCAUUAAUAAAGGCAUCAGAACCUUCCUUUGUGACAACAUACGGAGCUAUGUUGAUGCUUGUAUGGCAGCCGGGGUGAAGAUCGAUGCAAACUGGAGGGUGCUGUCAGAUUGCCCAAUGCAGUGCCCAGGAAACAGUCAUUAUGAAGCAUGUGGAACAGCCUGUGCUGCUUCCUGUGGGGAUCGAGAUGCACCAGCCAAAUGUAAACAGCCUUGUGUGGAGGGCUGCCAGUGCAAUACUGGCUUUGUCCUCAGUGGAGACAAAUGUGUGCCGCUGAAGGAGUGUGGCUGUACCUAUGAGGGCCGUUAUUACCCACCCGCUAAUACAUUCUGGGGCGACAAGGCGUGCACCAAGAAAUGUUCCUGCAAUUCACAAACUGGACAGGUCACAUGCACACCCACAAAGUGCAAGGCAUCACAAGUCUGUGCCCUACGGAAUGGUGUGAGAGAUUGCUACCCUUUGUCCUACGGCCAUUGCCAGGGCAGUGGGGACCCCCACUAUCGAACCUUUGAUGGGAAGACCUUUGAUUUCCAGGGCACUUGCACCUAUUACCUCUCCAAACUGGUUACCACAACUGAUGCCUCACUGGUGCCCUAUGAGGUUCUUGUCAAGAAUGAAAACAGGGGCAUGAACAAGGCUGUUUCCUUCACCAAGACAGUAGAGAUUAAAAUUUAUGGAUACACCAUUAUCCUAAGUAAACAGAACUAUGGUAAAGUGAUGGUUAAUGGCCUGUUUGUGAAUCUGCCAUUUGAAAAAAAGGAAGGGCGGCUGUCUGUUUUCCGCAGCGGCUACUUUGCCACAGUUAAGACAGAUUUUGGCAUGACUGUGAUAUUCAACUGGGACAGCUACGUAUCAAUCACUCUCCCCAGCACCUACAGCAACAUGGUAGGAGGGCUCUGUGGAAACUGGAAUGGCAAUCAAAAUGACGAUAUGACCAUGCCCAAUAAAAUUAUCACAACGAACCCAACUGUAUUUGGAACCAGCUGGAAAGCCAGAAAUUACUCUGGUUGCACGGAGGAGUGCCAGGGCAAGAAGUGCCCCAAAUGUGAUGCUGCUGAGCGGAAGAAGGACAUAUAUACAAAGGGCUGCAGCCUUAUUACAGAUAAAAGCGGUCCAUUUAAAGGAUGCCAUGCCAAAGUUAAUCCUACCCAGUUCUAUGAAGAUUGUGUAUAUGACAUGUGCAUGUAUGGUGGUCAUACUACAGCCCUCUGCAAUUCUCUUUCGGCCUACACAGCUGCAUGCCAAACGGCACUCACCGUUGUGGAGAAAUGGAGGAAUAAUAACUUGUGCCGUAAGUGCUUACUUCAAAGUAUCCUAGCCAGCUGA